AUGUCAACAAUCAAAACGCGCAUUUGCCUCAUCUCAGACACACACACCCUCCCUCCAAACCCACCCCAGCAAACAAACAAUGCCUACCGCCACCCCCUCCCAAGCGCAAACAUCCUCCUCCACGCCGGCGACCUAACAAAAGUGGGGUACCGCCAGGAAAACGAAACAAUGCUCCAAAUGCUCAAAGAAGCAGACGCCGAACUCAAACUCGUAAUAUCAGGCAAUCACGACAUAACCCUAGACGAAGACUACUUUACAAGCUACGGCUACAAACGCCACAAGCGACCCGAAGAACUGGGCAACAGCACAACCUUCCUCACAGACGAUGACACCCUCCAAACACCUCUGCGCGCUUCUUCCAAUCCCCCAGAUAAGAAGGAGUUACAGGCCUACGCCCGCUCGAUUAAGGAUCUCUGGACGGGUGAGGCUGCGCGGAGUGCGGGCAUUCUCUACCUCGAAGAAGGCAUUCACUCGUUUACUUUGUCGACUGGUGCGGCAUUUACUGUUUAUGCUUCGCCUUACCAACCCGAAUUUUAUAACUGGGCAUUUGGAUAUCCGCUCAGUGAAGACCGUUUCAAUAUUCCUCCUUCUGGAUCAUCAAUUCCGCCACCCAAGAACCCAAUACCAGAUUUCCCAGCUAUUGAUAUCCUCCUAACACACGGCCCACCAGCGGAUAUCCUAGAUGCCGUCCCGCCUGACUUGAAUGUCGGUUGUAAACAUCUCAAGAAGGCGGCGUGGCGCGCGAGACCGCGGUUGCAUGUCUUUGGGCAUAUCCAUGAAGGAUGGGGUGCGCAGCGGGGUAUCUGGGAUGAGGAUGGGGGUGAGGUUGGAAGUGUGAAGCUUGAAGAUGUGCCUGGGGAUCCGGAGGAUAUGUUGGAGUUCAGGGGUGCGUAUUGUGAUGUUAGUGAUCGCGCGAAACGGCCAUUGAGGGUUGGGGAGGAGACGCUCUUUGUUAAUGCUAGUGUUGUUACUGUUCAGUAUGAGCCGAGGAAUGCGCCUUGGGUUGUUGAUUUGGAACUUCCUGUUAGCGAAAGGGGGAGGGGAUAG